CCUACAAUGCUACGAGGAGGAACAGUCCAGCCGGCAUCUUUCAUGAAUCCCAGAGCGGACGCCCAAGCAGUGGCUGAGGCUUUUACAGGACAAGGUUACAACAAAGAAGCGCUGCUGGACAUAUUCGCCAACCGAUCGACGUUUCAGCGCAGUCUCAUUUUGAAUGCCUACAAGGCGGGAUUUGGUGAGUCCCUUAAAGCGAAGGUGAAGACAGAGAUUAAUGGCGACUUCAAAACAUGCCUCCUCUCCUCUUUCGACGACCAAAGCCAUGCUGAUGCCAGAGCACUCUACAAGGCCCUGUCAAGCAGGAACAUUCACAACAACAUCCUUAUGGAGGUCAUUUGCACCUCCACCAAUCAGGAAAUUCGCGACAUCAAAUUGGCUUACCAAGAAAUACUACAGGAGGAGAACAAAGAUCAAAAGCAAAAGGGUCUGGAGAGCGACCUAAAGUCUAGCACAUCCGGCAACUUUCAGCGACUUUUGAUCGCCCUAAUUCAGGGAAUGCGCAGUGAUAGCUUUGAUCCUCAGAUCGCCGCCAUGGACGCAAAGAUUCUCUACGAUGCUGGUGAAGGCCGAAUGGGAACGGACGACUCCACCUUCAUUCGCAUAUUUGCCACUCGGAGUUGGGAGAGUCUGCGAAAAACCGACGAGGUGUAUGCAGAGUCAUUCGGACAUGGACUGUUUGAGGCGGUGGAAAAGGAGACUCGAGGCCACUUUCGGAGGGGUCUUCAACUCAUCUUGGAAGCUGCCACCAACCGAAUCAAGUGCUUCGCAAAAAUACUUUACGAAUCACCAAAGACUCCAGAAACCCGGGAUGACACACUUUUCAGAAUGGUAGUUGGACACUCGGAGUCGGAUCUCGCGCUAAUCAGACAUUACUACAAUGCCAAUUAUCCACAACCAUUAGGUGAAAUGAUUAAAACGGAAACUGGUGGCGAUUGUCGUCUUUUUCUACUCGCGAUCCUUCGGGAAUCUGCGAAUUGA